ACCAUGGUCAAAAUCACCCCUGACAUCAAAGUUACUGACAAAAUCCUGAGAAAAUGGACCCCUGCUCAAAGAGGAUGUUUCUUUGAGGACGAGCGAUUCCUCAAGUUCUUCAAUAUAUACACAGAGAAAAACUGUGACCUCGAGUGUGAAGCGAAUAUUUCUUUGUCGAGGUGUGGAUGUGUGCCUUUUUACGCCCCUCGUACAAAGGGCAUUCCAGUUUGUGGACCUUUAAAGCAACCAUGUGUCCUGGAAAGUAUAAGUAAAUUGCUAGACCCUCUGUCUACAGGCUGUAACUGUAAGCCAUCUUGUUUUGAGAUAAACUACAAAAUAGAUGUGGCUUACUAUCCGAGGAACUGGACAACAGCAACUACCAAAGGGUUCAAAUUUGAAGGUGUUGAACAAAUCUUGGAGAACAAUUAUGCACAUUUGACAGUCCAAUAUCAGACACAGAAGGUAACUGCCAUGAAGCGGAUUGCAGUGUUUGGACUGAGUGACUUCAUAGCUAACAUCGGAGGCCUCCUAGGACUAUUCUUGGGAUUUAGUUUCCUCAGUUUGUUUGAAAUCUUCUACUUUUGUACUCUGCGGUUCAAAAAUAAGAAAGGUAAUUCUAAGAUGCUUCCCACCAACCAACAUCAGAUGGAUGCCGACUCAUUAGACAAACCACAGCACGAGAUUUCGCAGCCGACCCUCCACAGCAUCUUGUGUGUGUCAAGUGAAGUGCAGGCUGUUACGCCCAAUCCAAGCGCUAGUCCCUCCCGACACCUUGCUCCUGGCCCACAUUCCUAUGUGGAAGUGAUACAGGGCAGUGCAAGUGUCAGUGUCAGUAAUGUGAAUCAAGUUUAUACUGCAGGUUCUGGAGAUGGUGUUGCUUCAUCAAAUAUUCCUGCUUUAGAAAUUUGCCCAGAAAAGAAGCAGAAACUAUAAAUCCAGCAAACAAUUUGAUUCACCAGCAAACACUAUUAACAAAAGUAACAUUACCUCAAAAAUACAACUCUCUCCUCCAAGGGGUGAAUAAAAAAGUUGAAGAACUUGAAUUGUUUAUUUUAUAUUUAAAAUAUAUUGUAAUGUUGAAAUUGUAUGUAUGAAAGAGCACUGUGUAAAAAAGAUAGUAGCUAUUUGCUUAAAAGAAUGUUAAACCUUAGUUUGGCAGAUGGCUAUUUUAGAGAAAAAUUGGAGGGAGGUUCUGUUAUA